AGCGAUUGUCUGUCGGACCGUUUCAUUGUAUCAUAUACUCCCACCCUGACAGCACCGCUGGAGGCGCGCCGGCCACGCCCUUGGAAAAGCGAGCACGUCAAGAUACUAGCUGUGGGACAAGCGUCCGAGGGAGCAGAGUUUCUAGAAGGAGUAGAGCAAGAGCUUGCCCGCAUCAAAAGUGUGAGCCCGCCAGGAGCGCUCAGGGUGAUAAGCGGUCGCAAAGCCACGCAGGAGGCCGUCCUUGACCGCCUUGGGCAGGCAAAGUCUCUGCACGUUGCGUCGCAUGGUAUCCAGGACCCCCGCCAACCGCUGGACAGUGGCCUUCUGCUCGCAGACGGGCGCCUGAAGCUGUCCACGCUGAUCCGCCAGCGCCUCGACCAUGGCGAGAUGGCGUUCCUGUCUGCGUGCAAAACGGGGAUGGGCGAUCAGACGCUUGCAGGCGAGUCUAUCCAUCUGGCGGCGGGGUUCUUGCAUGCCGGGGUCUCUAGCGUCGUAGCAAUGAUGUGGGUGAUAUCCGAUAGGGACGGCCCAGUCGUAGCAGAGAGGAUUUACAAAUAUAUGUUCCUGGAAGGGGGACAGAAGCAGCACCACGAAUCAGCUUAUGCGUUGGAUGAGGCGGUGCGGUUUCUCCGAGAGAGCGGGGCUUCGUGCGUGCGAUAA